GAAGGUGGCUAGAAAGUGGUAGUGGAGUGGUGGUGGAGGUGAUGCUCGUCGCCUACCAGCGCAGCGGCUCCUCCUUCACCGGGGAGCUGCUGGCCUCGGGGGGCAGCACCAUCUACACCUUCGAGCCACUCUUCCCCUGGCGGCGGCGUCUGGGCCCCUCGGCUGACCCUGCACUGCUGAGGGACGCUGCACGGCUGCUGGGCGACAUGCUUGACUGCCGGCCCGAGGUCAUCCGCAAAUGGCAGGAGCACAAGUUCUAUUACUUCAGGAAGAAACCCGCAGAUGUGAAGGACUUCUGUAAGGACGCUUCCAUUCGCAUCCUGAAAACCAUCCGGGCACGAGCUUCCUUCCUGCUGCCUUGGCUUGCGAAACGGCAGGAUGUGAAGGUCAUUCACUUGGUGCGUGACCCUCGAGGGAUCCUGAGCUCGGUGAAGCGAGGACAACAGCUCUGGAGUGACAACAACAGAGACAUCGCCCUCCAGUGUGCCAAUAUCAAGGGGGACCUCAGCCUUGAAACACUUGGGCCUCAGAGGUACCUACGGGUGGAGUACGAGGAUCUGGUUGACAAGCAGAUGGAGGUGACCAGACUAAUGUUUUCCUUCCUGGGGGUGCCGGUGACUCCCUCAGUGGAGGAGUUUGUGAAGGAGCACACCCACCAGGACCCCGACCCCACCCCCGUCCCUCAAAGGUACCUCAACACCUACCGGGACUCAGGGUAUCGCCACGACCACUGGAGGAACGAGCUGGACGGCCUGGAGGUGCAGCACAUCCAGACCGUCUGCAGGGAGGUCAUGAACCUCCUCCACUACCCCUUUGUGUCUCCCUCCUGAUCAGUUUGAUAGAAUUUUUUUU